AUGGUGGGUGUUGUUGGGGCAAGGCCAUGGUGGGUGUUGUUGGGGCAAGGCCAUGGUGGGUGUUGUUGGGGCAAGGCCAUGGUGUGUGUUGUUGGGGCAAGGCCAUGGUGUGGGAUCAGGGAGGCUGACUCGCGGUGGGAAUCAAGGAACGAAGGAGGAGCGGCAGGAGGGGGAACGGGAGAAGCCAUGGGGGUGAACGGCGGCCACCAUCUAGUUAAGAGGCGGCCGGCCAGCAAGUACCGAUACGAUGAGUGGGACGAGGAGCUGGACAGGGGGCGCGUGAAGAAGGUGAAGCGCAAAGCAGAUGGUGAUGCGCCUGACCCCAUGGGAGGGAGGAACAAGAACCCCUUCCAGGAGCUCUCUGCCAUGCCUGCUGGUGCUGCUGGGGGUGGUGGUGGUGGGGAGGGAGGGAGGGAGGCGCAUGGGAAGAGGCUUGGGAGGUGGAUGGGGAGGGACAAGGGCAAGCACGACAGCAACCGGCAUGUGGCGAAGCUCAGGGGGAAGAAGGCCAGGCCUAGAUGGUAG